UGUUCUUAUAAGAAAAUUCAAUACGCAACCUAUCUUGUUUCAGUCAUGGACGCUUCGGGCCGCUAUGAAUCCGGUCUCUUCGGUGGAAAUAAAUAUUGGUUGGGUUCCAAAGCAGAAUGUCUUCAAUUAGACAAUGGAUUCAUUGCAAGGGAAGGCAACGAAACCGUUGACGAAUUCCAAGACGGUGACUACCUUAACGCCGUUCUGCGACGUGAAAAAUAUUUCCAAGGAGACGCGGACGAAUGGCGUUCACUGGUGCGGAGAGACGAGCUCUUCAAGCGGCUAGUGGCUGCUGACCACACCGCCCCACAUCGUCUGGCCUACAAUAGUGUCCAACUAUCACUAAAUUUGACCAAGAUUACCAUGGCCGAGUCAUAUGGCAUAACAUUGGGCGUGUGUUUGCCGCGUUCCUGCUCUGCAGACGACGUCGUAGCCGUCAUGAACUUUAGCAUCAUGAUCAACGAUAAUUUGAAGACCAAUAAAACCAUCCCAAGAGCUGUCAGGGUUAAGUCGUUGAGAAGAGUGGAAGAGACGUAUAGCAUUAGGAAUGAUAUGGGAGCUGUGUUGUUAAUAUUAAUUACUUUAAUCCUAUUAGUCAUAAUUACAAUAGCCACUGUUGUAGAUUUCGACGUAGUAAGAUGUAAAUCACAUAAUAGCAAGUCAAUGAGUUUCGAUUUACAGAAAUUCAAUAACAACUUUGACUCUGAAAAUAGAACAAUGCACGACGAAAAUAAAGUUCACACUUGUGAUGUGUUAGCAAAAAAAGAAUCCAAUGUCGUAGAUAUGGAAACAUUAACAAUUAAUAAUAUUAGUAAUUCGAAUAAUAUUAACCUAGUGACGGUGAAGAAGGUUGUUAAGCCGAAUGUGAUGCCGCCGUCGAUUACCCUGGAUGUCGUAUCCAUGGAGCGAGUAACGGGUAGCUGUAAAAGAUGUGGCAAAUACAAAAAACAAUGUGCUGCCGACAAUCUGAAGCAUAAUGAGAAUUUGGCCGCCUGCCCAAGAGUCAAGUCCUUUGCGAGUAUUACUACAGAACCAAAAAAAGAAGAAAAGUUCUUCAAGAGUCUGCUAAUGUGUUUCUCUCUCCGAUAUAGUUGGAAAAGAAUAUUCAACACUAAUAUGGCAAACAAAGACUUAUUGUUUAUACACUUAUUAAGGAUAAUAGCUACGUUUUGGAUAUUAUUCUUACAUAUAGCAGUUAUUGCUAAUUACGUAUCAGAUAACGGAGGAAAUGUCAACGAGUACAACAACGUAUAUCAUACCAUCGCUACCGGGACAUUAGCUUUCGAUACAUUAUUUUUCGUCAGUGGUCUAUUUAGUUCCCAUCAUUUCUUCUUCCUCAAGAGCCAGUACACCGUAGAAGAGCUGGUCAGCUUUGGAGGUGCUUGCGGUCAGAUCUUGCAAUUUAUUUGCUUCGUCACUAAUAGAGCUAUCAGGUUGUUGCCAUCCUACGCGUACGUGCUAUUCUUGUCCGCGGUGCUGUCGCGGCGGACAUACCACACAUCUGUGCUUGCGUUACCCGAGUCGGACGAAAUCAACUGCGAUCAGUAUUGGUGGCGCAAUUUGCUGUAUUUAACCACUCUCUUCCCGAAAGAACAGCAGUGCAUGCAAAUAUCAUGGGUGCUAUCAGCGGAGACGCAGUUGCACGUAUUUGGUGCGCUUGCGUGUUCACUUUCUGCCUCGGGCCGACGGCUUAUCUUUUCGUUGGUCGUGGCCGCGAUCAUCGUCGCCACUGCGGCGGAUGUUAGCUCCGCUUUCGCUGAGUUUGGACUCUACCUGUCGAGCCCGUUCGCAGCGUAUACAACUCUGAUUGAGCGCCCGUUGGGGAGAGUGGCUCCUUACUUCAUCGGCGUCUUUGCCGGGUGGUUACUGCAGAGGCUCGAGGGACGAUUACAUAUUUCUAAGACGAAAGCGUCAAUCCUUUGGCUGUGGUCGCUGUCAGUUCUGGCCACAUGCGUGACACUGCCGUGGGUGGUGAGUGCGCGGUGGUGCUCGUGGCAGCACGUACUGUGGCCACUGGCAUUGCUGUGGCCGGCUACAAUCUUCGCCACAAGAUUUGGAUCGGUGACCCGCCACCUACUGGACAGUUCCUUCAUCGCAGCGCUGAGCCGACUAUGCUACUGCAUAUUGCUGCUGCACGGAGUAAUAGCCCGAUCAGUUCUCUUGGCUGACAGCACUCUGUGCUCGGAUUCUCUAUGUAUCUGGUCAUACACAGCUGGCGUGAGUAUCCUGACAGUUCUAUCAGCGCUGGUUCUUUCGCUGCUGGUGGAGACGCCAUGCUGCAGUCUGCUCAGACGACUCUCCGACUACGCUGCCUGACAAACCUUUGUGCUACGAGUAAAAUAUUUAUUUAGUAUAUUGAUGGUUUUUUUUGCAACAACUAUCAACUUCACGUUAAAUAGUGUUGAGUUAUGGAAAAAAUUCCGUUUUGAAAAAAUCAUAUUUUUCUGAAAAAGUAAUGUUUUUCUGGAUAUU